AUGAAGUUUGUCUCUCUCGCCAGCCACAAAAUGGUUCCAUCCAAGUUCAAAGAUUGCUUUAAGAAAGACGGAAAGCAGGCUAAACAGUUAGCCAAAAAGUAUGCAGCGAAAAAGGCUUUCUCCAUCAUCGCAGACGGCAGAAAAGAGCACGAAACAAGCGCUCCGCGGCCCACAAAAAUUGUUUCAGCAUUGGGUUCAGAAGAGGAAGUUUAUUCAGUCGGUGCUGACUGUGGUAUGUUUGCAGCCGUUUGUACAGCCUAUUCUCAUCACUAUAGGCUUAGGACAUCGCCAGAUGAUUGGUGGUUCUGUGUUAUCAAGAGGGUUGCCUGUGCUAUUGAUCAAAACUCGUCGAAAGCCUCAGUGCGCAACUUGUUUGUCGAUCAUGAAGGAAAGAAAACAAUCGAAGUAGAGGUUGACGAUCCCACCAUCUACACCGUGGAUUACAACUUUCUGUUCGAUCAAAUAACAAAACAGUUAAAGGAAAACUUAAAAGUGCCCGAGUUUGUUGAUGGAGUCACCGCAGAUUUUGGAACCACCUCAGCUGUACAGAAGAUCGUCUCGCAGAUUACGCUGAUGUAUUCUGUUAACCAAUAUUUCGACUGUGGAAUGGUGACCAUGUGUGGAAUACCAGCGGUGGAGAUGCUUGGCAGUGAAGAAGACUGGAUGAAAUUGAGUUCUAAGCUGAAAGUUUUAAGAACACUCUUAGAACCUAUAGAGAAUGAUCUUGGCCUUCGAUCAAAAUGGUGGGAUCUGGUUCAGAAAGUGUUCUGGAAUCUGCAAACCACCUAUCAGGGACACCCAGAUGAAGAUUGGUGGAGUCAUAUUAUGAGCUAUAAAGAAGCUCAUCAGUCGGGUAUGUAUUGUUCUAUCAAUUUAUACGAUUGUAAUACAAAAGGCAAAAAAAAACUACCGAAGGUGUUAAAAGUAUCAAAACCACAUGAAAAGCUUACAUAACGCUAAGGAAGCAAGAAUUUAUGUUGGCUACGAAACUGGUAGAGAAUUGUCCGUAGACUUGCCAAACGCUGAUGCGCCUGUAAACGGCUUGUUUGACAUAAAAAGGAUUGACCGUUUUCAUUAUUGUAGUCUUUUUAUGCACAAAUGAUAUAUACUACUGGUUCAACUAGGGAUUGACAGGUGUUUACCAAAACAUAUCACAGCUCAGUAAGCUGAUCACAAGCAGUAGUUUCUAGAACGUCGAAAAGGUUCUUUAAUGGAAAUUCAUCAUUAUCUUGGAAGAACGUUCUUUAUGAAGACUUCGUAUAAUCACAGUCAGCGCGAGUAGACCGAGUAGGCUAUCCAAAGCUCUUUUAUUUGAGAUUGUAAGUCAGGUUUAAUGAAGUCUGUCCUAGUUUACAGUCAACUCUUGCCUUGCAUACACCCCGCUACAACGGACCGUCCCGAUAAUAGGGACAGCAGCGAAAUCCCCGGCAAAAACAAAUUUCAGACUUUUGGCCUAAAUAAACUCUCAUUAUUACGGACUCUCGCUUAUGAGGACACUAACUUGAGGUCUCCGCAGUGUCCGCAAUAUGAGGGAGUUGACUGUACUUCGUCUAAUCUAGGGAGUACAUAUUCACGAAAUUAAGCAAACAAAAAUAAUUUACCGACUUUGUUUUGUUUCUCAGGAACUCCCGCUGGCGGUAUCAAAGGAUGGAUCACAGAUUUCUUAGAGGGACCGCGAUAUGUAAGGGCACUGUGGGGGCCUGGUGACUUCACAAGUGGCGUAGUGGCCGUUCCUUUCACUAUCAAGGACCGGCGUUCUGGUGUCCAGGAUACUGCGGCAUUGGUGGCAGGAAUGCUGGGCUUCACUGUUCACAGGAUACCCAACUGUGAUGAGGUGUCUGUACAGCCAUUCCAAGGAUGGUCUCUGAUGUUGUCCGAUGAUUCGCCUUUUUGCAAAUUCUGAACAAACCAGUGACAUUGGCUUUAUAAAUUAGUUAAGAAAUAAUACGUAACUGCAAGGAAAGUUAAAACUGUUUCAGUACUAUAAAAUAACGCAUUUAGAAUUUUUUUCAUUCAAAUUUGGGCUCGAUAUUUUUUUUAAAAACGUAGCUAGUGAAAAUUGCAGCCAUUUAAGUGAAAGCCGCGCAAGCCAAAAUGCAGGUUUCUUGAUCGCGAAAAAAGCCCCAAAAUCACACUAUACAGAAAAAAAAAUAAAAUAAAAUAAAAAGAAAGCAAAGAGAAAUGAAGGUGAAAAACGUAAUAGUCCCUGUCUUAGUUUUUUUGUUUUCUGUUGUUGUUUUUGCUUUGUUUUUUGUUUGUUUGUUUGUUUUUUUUGAUUGCCUAUACUUUGGAGAAGGUUUUCACCACAGUUGGCCAACAAUGAUUCGCACUUUUUGGGUGGAAAAGUCAGACUGGAAUUCCUAAAAUUCGGCCUUUGAAAAUCAGUAGUCAUUUGACCAAAACUGCGGCCGAAUCACGAGAUUAUUUUAGUCUGAAAAGCCCGACAGGAUAGGAAAUAUCAGGUGAUAAGAAGAGAAGAAGUAGAAGAGAGAAAAAGGAAAACAAAAAAUCAGUGUGUACUCUUUGUUUUUAUAUUGUCUACUUUGAGGAUAGCGUUAUCAACGAAAAAAUCUGCUUCAGCGAAAAAAUUAAGCUGAGAAUGCUUGCGUCAUUUAAACUACUUGCAGGCAUCUCCUCUUUUUUUUGAAAGGCUCCCCGUUUUCCUUGACAUUUCUUACAUGAUUUUGAAAUAUACAGUUUGAAAGUAAAGAUAAGAAAACUAGUGAGGUUGUUAUCACCAGAGAGAUAUUCAUAGUGAUUGCAAGCUGAGAUUCUAUAAUGUCCCAGCGUCUACAAGCGAAAAUUGUACUGCAAGCAAAGCUCCGGGUUACACUCUAUUUUAGAAAGAUCUUCAAAUGCAACCAAACGUCAAGAGCGCCCACAGGACCGGAGCAACUCUGAAAGACGAUGGCUCUCACAGAGACCAGUUUUGGUCAAGUCUUAUAUUUUGUACUUCUGGAGCUGAGAGUUAUCAAGAAGAACACUGGAGACCUAUGUGGCAGUGUGCGUGUUUCGGUUGAGACGAUCUAUUUUAUAUGACAAGACCGUCAAAAGAAGAAAGAAUUGAGAUCUGUUGUAAAAGAAGUAUUUUGAAACUGGAAGAAGACCUAGAUUUCAUCAGUGAUGGCAAGCUAUCAAACAUUGACGGUGAGCUAUAUCAAGCUUGAGAUGUUUGUGCAAUAUUGUUAAGUCCUUUGUUAUAAAAUCGUCUAUUGUAGCCCUUAUUAUUGAUUUAACUUAACUCAUUUAUGUAGCCGUAUGCACAUAGUACAUGAGUCUUCCGACUCACAUUUUUAAACGAGUUUACAAUUACUAAAGAUGAUCAUGGGAUUGUUUAUAGUCGAUUGACAAAAUUCAGGUGGUACGAAAAGAUAAAAUGCUUAGAAAAACAAGCAUUAUUGAUAACUUUCCCCCAUUUUGGCGAAAAAAACGAUUAAUUUUUCCUGUAGAUUCGACUGAGAUCAUUGUUUGCAAAUUGCUCCGCGGAAGUGUCUUAGAGUUUAGUUAUAUUAUUUCUCUCGUAUGUUGGGAACAGGAAAAUGAAAUUUGUGGUAUUUCUUGUACUACUUAUACAAUGGAAUGAAACAAAAAAAUGAAACGAGAAUGAAAACUCUUAUGGAUUGCCAAGCAAGGUUAUGAGAGCCUUAACUGUACCUCUUCUAUGUUCCGUAGCCACUUUGAAAUGUUUUCAAACGUCUUCUCCUGGGUUAUAUCGUAUAUAAGUAUAAUGCCCUUCAAAAAUCAAAAACAUGUUUUUAAAUGAUGACUGAUGCUGAAUUGAAAGGGUAUUAAAAAAAAUAUGUUUUAAGUAAGUUACGGUGAGACUGAUGUUCUUUUUAUUCCAACUUCUGAGUUUUGAAUGAUUCUAUAAAGUAAGGUGUUUCUUGGAGCAAAAGAAACUGAAUAUCUCACAAAGUAAAUAAUUCCACUAACCAUCGCUCCUCUAUAAUAUUCCGUUGUUAUUUCAUCGAAGCGUUCUAGGCCAGCUGUAUCCCUACAACAACACUACCUUCUCAACACGGGGCAAAGAAGGUUUUCAGAAAAAAAACUGGACUGAAACAUAGGCAGCAAGGAGGACGUUUUGGUGGUGGUGUACUACUAAUUGCCACCAAAGGAUGUAAUAAAGCUUCCCCGAGGGAAGACGUCGCCUGUAAAUCUGAAUUAUUGUUUAUCGAUGUAUGAACUACGAAUUACAGGAAAAUAACUAUCGGAGUAUUUUACCGGCCGCCCAAUAGUAACCAAAAAGUUUUGCAAGAACUCCAAAAUUCCUCUCAGUAACAUCACCACAGAUAUGAUAUUAAUCAGAGAUUUUAAUUUAAAUGAAUUUGACUGGGCCAACGGAAUCGAUCACUAACUGGUGCUCGGAGCAACAUACACUACUCUCGCACAUAUAUAAUUCAGGACAACUUCUUGCAUGUAGUGGACGAACCUACGAGGGAUCAAAACAUACUGGACCUUGUUUUAACUACUAACGUUGACUUGUUGAUGGGCAAUGUUGUGGUAGGUGAACCCUUUUCUGAUCACAAUUCCAUGUAUCACCUUCACCCUAAAGAGUGCGCCUUACAUGUCUGAAAAAAAAGGUGGGAAGAGGCAAUUUUGAGGGGUUUUCGAGCCUGUAAGAGUGUUUUAUCGGGCUUCUGAUGAAAGAUCGUAGUUAAACAAACCGUUUCCCAGCUUUUAGGAGUGCGGUUUUGAACGUGUUUGAAGAAUUCGCUCGAAACGGAUAAAAUACACCAGAAAUUGUGGCAUCUUUCGAAGGAUAACAUAACUUUAAACAAGACUCACGUCUGAAAACAGUUAAGGGAAGCAACGAGCUCGAGAGGGACGUUUUGUUAUACUACUACAUGAGAAAUGUCUGCAAUUUGAUUGGCUUAGAGCAAUGAUAUUUCCGCUUAAUUUGAAAUACCUACAUGUGAAAAUUACAAAUCUUUUGUGGGUAGUUUUUCGAACUCCCGAUAACUCGAACUUUUUUCGAUUUGCCUUGAAGGUUCGAGUUAUCGGCAGUCCACCGUAACCACAUCACAACAUGACAAGAGCACAUUGCGUCAAUGUGAAACCUCAACGCCAAACUGACCAAACCACAUAAGAACGUUAACGUUGUGGCUUCCCAUACACAUGAUGACAAGGCAGAAUGAUAGUUAGUCAAGCGAGUCGUCGAUAUCGUUGUACGCCGACACAUAGCACCGCUCUCGGUGGUUAAAGAUUGCCGAUUGAAAUCAGUUCUCAAGCAAAAACAAUGGGAAAUUCUAACAACAAACCGACCGCGAUGGAUGAUGAAAAAAUUGAAAAAUCUAAGGCCAACGAAACUGUCGUUCGAUACAGUACGACCGUCGAUGGAUUGAACAUGAAGUUUGUCUCUCUCGCCAGCCACAAAAUGGUUCCAUCCAAGUUCAAAGAUUGCUUUAAGAAAGACGGAAAGCAGGCUAAACAGUUAGCCAAAAAGUAUGCAGCGAAAAAGGCUUUCUCCAUCAUCGCAGACGGCAGAAAAGAGCACGAAACAAGCGCUCCGCGGCCCACAAAAAUUGUUUCAGCAUUGGGUUCAGAAGAGGAAGUUUAUUCAGUCGGUGCUGACUGUGGUAUGUUUGCAGCCGUUUGUACAGCCUAUUCUCAUCACUAUAGGCUUAGGACAUCGCCAGAUGAUUGGUGGUUCUGUGUUAUCAAGAGGGUUGCCUGUGCUAUUGAUCAAAACUCGUCGAAAGCCUCAGUGCGCAACUUGUUUGUCGAUCAUGAAGGAAAGAAAACAAUCGAAGUAGAGGUUGACGAUCCCACCAUCUACACCGUGGAUUACAACUUUCUGUUCGAUCAAAUAACAAAACAGUUAAAGGAAAACUUAAAAGUGCCCGAGUUUGUUGAUGGAGUCACCGCAGAUUUUGGAACCACCUCAGCUGUACAGAAGAUCGUCUCGCAGAUUACGCUGAUGUAUUCUGUUAACCAAUAUUUCGACUGUGGAAGAGUGACCAUGUGUGGAAUACCAGCGGUGGAGAUGCUUGGCAGUGAAGAAGACUGGAUGAAAUUGAGUUCUAAGCUGAAAGUUUUAAGAACACUCUUAGAACCUAUAGAGAAUGAUCUUGGCCUUCGAUCAAAAUGGUGGGAUCUGGUUCAGAAAGUGUUCUGGAAUCUGCAAACCACCUAUCAGGGACACCCAGAUGAAGAUUGGUGGAGUCAUAUUAUGAGCUAUAAAGAAGCUUAUCAGUCGGGUAUGUAUUGUUCAAUCAAUUUAUACGAUUGUAAUACAAAAGGCAAAAAAAAAAACUACCGAAGUUGUUAAAAGUAUCAAAACCACAUGAAAAGCUUACAUAACGCUAAGGAAGCAAGAAUUUAUGCUGGCUACGAAACUGGUAGAGAAUUGUCCGUAGACUUGCCAAACGCUGAUGCGCCUGUAAACGGCUUGUUUUACACAAAAAGGAUUGACCGUUUUCAUCAUUGUAGUCCUUUUAUGCACAAAUGAUAUAUAGUACUGGUUCAACUAGGGAUUGACAGGUGUUUACCAAAACAUAUCACAGUCAGCGCGAGUAGGCUAUCCAAAGCUCUUUUAUUUGAGAUUGUAAGUCAGGUUUAAUGAAGUCUGUCCUAGUUUACAGUCAACUCUUGCCUUGCAUACACCCCGCUACAACGGACCGUCCCGAUAAUAGGGACAGCAGCGAAAUCCCCGGCAAAAACAAAUUUCAGACUUUUGGCCUCAAUAAACUCUCAUUAUUACGGACUCUCGCUUAUGAGGACACUAACUUGAGGUCCCCACAGUGUCCGCAAUAUGAGGGAGUUGACUGUACUUCGUCUGAUCUAGGUAGUACAUAUUCACAAAAUUAAGCAAGCAAAAAUAAUUUACCAAUUUUGUUUUGUUUCUCAGGAACUCCCGCUGGCGGUAUCAAAGGAUGGAUCACAGAUUUCUUGGAGGGACCACGAUAUGCAAGGGCACUGUGGGGGCCUGGUGACUUUACAAGUGGCGUAGUGGCCGUUCCUUUCACUAUCAAGGACCGGCGUUCUGGUGUCCAGGAUACUGCGGCAUUGGUGGCAGGAAUGCUGGGCUUUACUGUUCAUAGGAUACCCGACUGUGAUGAGGUGUCUGUACAACCAUUCCAAGGAUGGUCUCUUAUGUUGUCCGACGACUCGCCUUUUUGCAAAUUCUGA